AUGCUCAGGAUGACACAGAUGGGUAUAGUAUUGAGUCUUCUCAUCUUGUUUCUUCACACCACUUUUGGGGAAAGUGGUUGCACCUCAGCAGAUGGUGAUGGGACUUCUGGAGAUGACGAACCAGACAAUUUUAACAUCAACUGCUUCAGCCAGCUGGAAUUUAAGUAUUCCUACAGUAGCCUGACAUGCAAUUUUACCGAGCUGCCUCCUCACAACACUAACUAUACCCUGGCCCUGUGUACCAAGGAAGACAGCAGUUACGUGUGCUUCAAUAUGGAGAAACAGGAAGAUGCAUAUUUCUUACAAUUCACUGAUAUACUGUCAAAUAAAUAUAUUUGCAUGGACUCUGAGAUGAAGAGACUGGUCUGCAAAAGUUUGGUUGUAACUGAUAUUGUUAAGCCUGAAGUACCAUUUGGUAUAAACAUCACAUACCAGAAGGAGGCAAAUGAAUAUCUUAUUCAUUACAGUACACCACACUUCUGGAAAAAAUACUUAAAGGACAAAUUAAUACACCAAACGGCCUAUCGGCAGGAAGCAGGUACUUGGAAGACAAUAGAGUCACCAUACCUUCAAGUAAAAUUACUUGGAAAAAACCUUGAAAAUGAUGCAUCAUAUGAGGUGAAAGUACGUUCACAGCCUGAUGGACAGUAUUUUAAGGGCAUGUGGAGUGAAUGGAGCACUUCCAAGAGCUUCAGGACUGCAAGGGAGCAGCAUUCCACAGAGAGCUAUAGCAGUGUGGUUGUGGUCAUACUCUCCAUUCUAGGAUUUAUGGUCUUCAUUGUCAUGAUUGUCCUGAUCGUAACUUUUUGGGAAAGCAGGAUCAAGCCUGCUGUGUGGCCAAACCUUCCUGAUCAUAAAAAAACUCUGGAGCAACUAUGCAAGAAGCCAAAAAAUAAUUUUGAUAUAAGCUUUAACCCAGAGAGUUUUGGUUAUGUUCACAUCCAUAAAGUAGAAGGCAUUCAAGUAAAAGCUGAACUGGAAAAUUUUCUGCAGCCAUCAACUGCUCCAGAGACAAACCUUACAGAAAAAUUUAGGAGCGGCUCAAACCUGAAGAUGAUUCCUGCAAUGACAGACAAAAUCAACCCAAGCCUGUCUGUGACUUAUGGAGAAAUCUGGCCAUCUGAAGCCCUGCACAGACUCCUGGGCACCAGCCAGUUUGCAGUCACUGAAGGAAAUAGUGUCUCCUGUAUGUAUGAGGUGUGUCACAGCAAUGAAGUGUCCCUGUGUGAUGAUGGUUUCAACCUUCCCUCUGCUCCUCCCCUGGAUCCCUCUGGCCAGUCUGGACCAGACCCCCUAAAUAGUGACUCAGUAUCCCAGUUGCUGCCUACCAGUGAAAUGAGGUCACCAAACAAUGAGGAAGCCUAUGUCAUGAUGUCUAGCUUCUACAAAAUUCAGUAA